CUGGAAAUUAACCUUUGGUUUUGGUCUCUCAAGGCUUCAGAGCAAUAUUAAAAAAUUGAACAAAAAAAGACGAGAAGGAGCCGAAGGAAAGAUGGCGCACGUGCCUUAAAACAUCCUCCUGACUCUCUUUCCAGAUUCGCAACUGAUACCCUCACCUGCAGGUGAUGCCAACCCAACCUUUAUAUGCUUUUAGAAUUUCCCCCAAUAAGCAAAAGCCUCACCCUUUCCCAAAAAGUAACCCUUCCCGUUUCACUUUUCUUCUUUCCUUUCUCUAAUUCCAGGACAAGAACCUCCGGUCCUCCACCUCUCCCUCUUCCUGCUACUCCUAGCUCAAACUCCAUGUACCCUUCAUCCUCAUCCUCCUCCCCCCAGAAGCCCAUGGGCCCGAGCCCAACCGGCCUCACCCGCUACGGCUCCGCCCCGGGCUCCCUCAUCACCUCCGCCGUCGAUUCCGUCAUCGGUCCCGCCGCCGAACGUGAAUUCUCCUCCCUCCGCCCCGCUUCCUUCGUCGGCGGCCGGUACUUCCCCGGCGGCGGAGGCGACGGGGAAUCCUCCGACCUCACCUCCUCCGAGUCAACCUUCAAAGUCAACGGCGGGAGCAAAGACCACGCUGCGACGAAGCCGCUGCUCAGAUCGUACAACUUGGGCGAGAUGGCGGCGGCGAUUGGAUCUUCUUCCUCGACGUCAUGCUCUUCGUCGGCUCUGGUUCGCCAGAGAAGCUCUCCAGCUGGCUUUCUAAGCCAUCUCACUGAUAACAACGGAGGAUUUUCAGUUACACGGGGAACUGGAAGCUAUAGCUCACAAGGUGGCCCUAACGGUGGCCAUGGCCAUGGAGUAACAAGGUUGAAGUCCCAGUUGAGCUUUACUAGGCAAGAUUCUCUUUCUCAAAUCUCUGAAGUUAGUGAAAAUGCUGGAGAAGGUGUAAGCUCUAACAGUGGCCACCAUAGUGCCAUGCAUUCUUAUCCCGCUACUAGCUUUGGGAUGGACUCCUGGGAAAAUACCAAUUCUAUUGUCUUUUCUGCCCCACCAAGAAAACGAGCUAAAAAUAUGGACAGUGACAUGUUUAACUGCCUCAAUACCUUAGAAUCUCAGUUUAGCCUGCCACAGACAACUUUGGAAAUGGCAACAGUAGAGAAGUUACUACACAUCCCUGAAGAUUCAGUACCUUGCAAAAUCCGUGCUAAGCGUGGCUGUGCAACUCAUCCCAGAAGCAUCGCUGAGAGGGAGAGAAGAACUAGAAUAAGUGGGAAGUUAAAGAAACUGCAAGACCUUGUUCCUAACAUGGAUAAGCAAACAAGCUAUGCAGACAUGUUGGACUUGGCUGUGCAACAUAUCAAGGGUCUACAAAAUCAAGUCCAGAAUCUUCACAAAGAUCUUGAAGGCUGCACUUGCGGCUGCAAACCAUCCACAUAACAUUACCUAAUGAAAGUGAAGAAAAUAAGGGAACCACAGAGGCCCAAAAUGGGUCAAGAAGGUAGGAGAACCCGAAGCUAGACUAGUUUUGUUGCAUUACCACGUAAAGAGGUAGAUUCAAACGUUUGGGACAUAAAUUGUCCUUGCAUAUUUUGUAGUGAUUUGAAUCAUCUUUGUAUUCUUGUAUUAAGUUGUACAUAUGAUGAAGCAACGUACUAUUGUUUUUGUGGUGCAGCAAGGAAUUCGAUUGUCUUAAUUCUUUUCAGUAAACUACUGUAUUCGGUUAAUUUCACCUUCCAAUUAUAUGCAGUUCCAUAUUGUCUUA